UUGAGAGCCCAGGAUUCUUGGAGGAAAACUUCCUUGGCUGAGUCACAGAAUUAUCAGAAUAGACACCAGCAAAUUUCCAUGAAAAAUAAACUGUCAGUGUAAAGAGGAUGUUGACACCAUCAGUUGGAUUUCACAUCACCUUGAUGCUCAUGGAGUACACAAGGGUCAAAAAUCUUACGGCUACUGUGAUUAUAGAAAAGAUAGCACGAGGGUUUCAACACUGGAUCAGAAUACCAUGAUUCACACAGGACAAAAACCUUACCAGUGUAAUGAAUGUAAAGAAACCUUCACCGAUCUCUCCACCUUUGAUCUUCACCAGCAAUUACACUCAAAAGAGAAGUCUCAGUGCAGUGAGUGUGGAAAAGGCUUCCAUUACAGCUCGGUUCUUCAUAUUCAUCAGAGAGUUCACGUGGGAGGAAAACACAGUGAGUGUGAUGAGUGUGGCAAGGAGUUCAGUCAGAGCUCACAGCUGCAGACUCCUCAGAAAGUCCACACUGUAGAGAAACCAUUCAAAUGUGGGGAAUGUGGGAAAGGCUUCAGUCGUAGGUCAGCACUUACUAUUCAUUGUAAAGUCCACACGGGAGAGAAACCUUAUAAUUGUGAGGAGUGUGGGAGGGCCUUCAGUCAGGCCUCUCACCUUCAGGACCAUCAGAGAGUCCACACUGGGGAGAAACCAUUCAAAUGUGACACAUGUGAUAAGAGCUUCAGUCGGAAUUCACACCUUCAGUCCCAUCAGAGAGUCCAUACGGGAGAGAAACCGUACAAAUGUGAGGAGUGUGGGAAGGGCUUCAUUUGUAUCUCAAAUCUAUACAUUCAUCAGAGGGUCCACACAGGAGAAAAACCCUACAAAUGUGAGGAAUGUGGGAAAGGCUUUAGUCGGCCUUCAAGUCUUCAGGCCCAUCAGGGAGUCCACACUGGAGAGAAAUCAUACAUAUGUAAUGUGUGUGGUAAAGGCUUUACUCUGAGUUCAAACCUUCAGGCACAUCAAAGAGUCCAUACAGGAGAGAAACCAUACAAAUGUAAUGAGUGUGGGAAGAGCUUCAGGAGGAACUCCCAUUAUCAAGUUCAUCUGGUUGUCCACACAGGGGAGAAGCCUUAUAAAUGUGAGGUAUGUGGGAAGGGCUUCAGUCAGAGUUCAUAUCUUCAAAUCCAUCAGAAGGCCCACAGUGUAGAGAAACCUUACAAGUGUGAGGAGUGUGGGCAGGGCUUCAGUCAGAGUUCACGACUUCAGAUCCACCAGCUGAUCCAUACCGGUGAGAAACCAUACAAAUGUGAAGAGUGUGGGAAGGGAUUCAGUCGUAGAGCAGAUCUUAAAAUUCAUUGCAGAAUCCACACCGGAGAGAAACCGUAUAAUUGUGAGGAGUGUGGGAAAGUCUUCAGGCAGGCCUCAAAUCUUCUGGCCCAUGAGAGAGUCCACAGCAGAGAAAAACCAUUCAAACGUGAAGAGUGUGGGAAGAGCUUUGGUCGGAGUUCACACCUUCAAGCCCAUCAAAAAGUCCACACUGGAGAAAAGCCAUACAAAUGUGAGGAGUGUGGGAGGGGCUUCAAGUGGAGCCUGAACCUCGACAUGCAUCAGAGGGUCCACACAGGAGAGAAACCAUAUAAGUGUGGGGAGUAUGGGAAGCACUUCAUUCAGGCCUCAGUCUUCAGUGGAGAGAAGCCGUACAGAUGUGACAGAUGCAGUAAGGUCUUCAGUCGGCCUUCACAGCGACAGUCUCAUCAAAGAGUGCACACAGGGGAGAAGCCUUACAAGUGUGAGACCUGUGGUAAGAGCUUCAGUUGGCGCUCCAAUCUAACAGUUCAUCACAGAAUCCAUGCUGCUGAUAAAUCCUAUAAAAGUGAUAGGAGGGCUUCCCUGAGCAUCUUGAAUGAAGGGCAGGCCGGGUCCCCUUGA